ACGGCAUAAAUUUGUAAACACGCCGAUAAAGCCUUAAAGGCAUACCCGUGCUCUAUUUCCAAUCAAUCGCAUUCACAAAUGGCGGUGUUCGUAAUUCUGAGUUUUUGUGUUAUAAAUGUUUUAUGUUACGAGUCAGGUUCCUCUGAAUUAAAUCGAAUAGAAUUCACACCUUUAUAUGAGACAAUAAUUUAUAGUGACAUCGCAGAUAUAAUAAAAGACUAUGAAAAUAACGCGAAUCCGCCAAUAGAAACAUUAACCAACAACGAUGAAAACAGCGAAAGUGAUGAAAACAUUGAGGAUCUGUUAUCAGAGUAUCAACAUUAUUUAGAAAAAGCUCACAAACAGAGAAGAAAUUACGUCGACAAAUCCAAAACUAAAAACAAAGUCCCGCUUUUACAACGCGAUAGGUAUUCUAAGAGCCUUGCCGCCAAGACUAAUAAACACGACGACUUUUACUACAACCCCAACACGAUACCGUUCCCAAAAACUCAAUUUAAUACGCCAUUAGACUUUUUGAUACCAAUCAAUAUGAUGAGAUCGAGUCCAUAUUACGGCGAACCCAUCAAGCAGCAGGUUGAUCCAGCAAAACAAUUUCUCACAGAUCAAGUAAGUCCAGACGUAAAAAUGUUUAACCUUCCUCCCGUUAUGCCCUCCAUGAUAAGAGAGAAAAUACCAUCGUCUUGCUACUGUGAGGCUGACACAUUCCCAUGUGAAUGCGGUUGUAAGCAAUGUUUAAUAGCAUUAGAACCCAGUCCGCGGAGAAAGCAAAUCGUGGACGAAAAAAGCAAAGCGGCCGCCACUGAAGCUAGCUCGAACAAAGACGUGCGGCCCAUGAGCGAUAACACCAUAAACAUAAAAAUUAAAGUUGACGUACAAUUCCCACAAGUACACCAGGGUUUAGGUGAAAUAUUAAUGAAUAAAACGAAUGAAAAAACCAUAGACCGUGCAAGUAUUUCAAAGGAAUCGAACAUAAACCUACCAUUUCCGUUCUUUGGCUUUCCUUUUCCUCUAGAAAUGUACGACCUUCAGAAAACGAACAAGAACACAGCACCUAUUCACAAAAUAACCAUUCAUAGGAAAAAGAAAUCGAAGGCCGGUAGCAAUGGCAAAAGGCACAGGAAGAAAGUCAUAACAUAUCACGGCUUAAAAUUGGAACAAGAACAUUCAACGCCACCAAAUGUCGACGAAAGCUACAAAACAAGCGAUUCUCGACAAAAAAUAGAAAGUUAUACUAAAAUGAAUCAAGCAAAUGAUUGGAAUAACACACAAAAUAUAGAGCAAGCAAAUACAAUGUAUACGGACAUUUUUAUUGAUAAAACUACGAAGUUACCAAACAUGAAUGAUACAAAAACUGAUGAUAAUAUUUACUUUAUGAUUAAUAUAACUAAUUCUUUUGACAAUACUACCGAAGAUGUUCACAGGAAUGAAAACAGCAUUGAAACAGACUUCACGAAGGGGAUUUCAAACGCGUCUACAGAAGAGCCUUCCUUAAGAAAAAAACGAGAAGUGACCAUCCAAAACAGUUCAGCUUUUGAGAUUUCAGACCGCAAAAAUGUUUCCCAAACACAAAAAAUAAGUAUUCAUUCGAAUGAGACAAUGAAAAAAACAGAUAAAUUAUUGCCUGAAGACGACGAACUUUUAUACUGGCCGAACAAUUCAAAAGACCAGGCCCUUGUAAACUCAAAGAACAUAACAAGUUUAAUACUAGAUAGAGAGAGUAAUAAGGAAAAGUUAAAUCUGAGCGCAGAAACGAUACGUCUCAAUCGUUCUAAGGCUUUAGAAGAAGCAAUAUUCGGAAAAGUGGAUUGGAACGACGUAGGUACAGUAGCAACGGCGUUUAUGUCGUUCAUGGGGAAGUAUAUUAGAGGAGCGUUGUCCUUCUGUUCGGACAGUAUCUGUCAUUCUAUGAAAUGCGCAGAGAUGAUGUGUGUUCAUAGAACUUGCGUGCCGACGGACAGAACUAACAACAGGGGGCACUGCGCCGGAUCCAACACUACUGAUAGCGUCGCAUCGAUGGAAUCAAUCAUGGAUUUACCGUCAAACAUUGCCCUAGAAACAGUGGACAUAUUACAGCAAAAAAUGCUAGGAAAAUUGUUCGGUAAAGCCACUAUAAGUAUAGGUUCGAAAUGUGUUACAUUCACGGUGGCCAAGAAAAGCUUCACAAAGGUAAAAUGCACACCAAAGGAACUAGACGCGACCGGCCAUUGCUCAAUUUCUAAAAUUGCGUAACAGUUCUUAUCUAUGUUUUCAAAAUAAAUAGAGUUUAAGAAACA